AUGACUUAAGUCCUGCCACCUCUUGCCAUACUUAUAAGCGAUUUCCCUCAGGAUCUCGAACGAUCUCGAUAGCGAAACAUGCCCGGCACCUCGUAUCCCACGAAUAAUGAUAAUUUCAGCAACGGAUUUCCGAUGGCCAACACACAAAGUGAGCGCCUCUUGCAGGCUCAGAAUCGAAGAAAGUUCAGUUUUCCAGCCACCCUCCAUUCGGCAUCACUUCUGGAGGUGGGUGGUGGCCCCAAGGAGACCACGAGGCGGAGGUUAAGCAAUGUGAGCGAUGCCGUCACCAGGAAACUAUCCUAUACGAUUGGCUGGAAGGCGGCACAGAUUCCAGCGCAGGAUAUCAUUUCUCAGGGUCGCUGCCUGUGCGGUCAUUAUAUCAAGAGACGUCUUAGAAGAUCCGGUUUGUUCAAUAAAAAGCUGGGACUGCAGCGCAUACGUAGCAUACUGGGUUCCACCUCCAUGGGCAUUGUGCGAGAUGUGUUUCCUGCGGUCCAAGUGCUGGGCGAUGAGCUGGAGCGCAUGCAUCCCAGAGUUUACAACGGAGUGGCUCGUCAGAUUUGCCGGAAUCCGGGUGGCGAGUUCCAUACUCCGGAUGCAGUGAGCUUGCUUUUGGGCGCCGUGGGGCGGGAGCUCUUUCGGGUGGAGAUCACCUGGAGCAAGGUGAUCUCAUUGUUUGCCAUCGCCGGUGGGCUGUCCGUUGACUGUGUGCGUCAAGGACAUCCGGAAUACCUGCCCAAGUUGAUGGAGAGCGUUUCGGAGGUGAUCGAAGAUGAGCUGGUUCCGUGGAUUAACGAGAAUGGUGGUUGGAGCGGCAUCAACACACAUGUUUUACCCACUAACAACAGCCUGAAUCCUUUAGAGUGGACCACUUUGGUCAUAGGCGUUGUUUUUGGCCUAAUUCUAGUUUUUAUGAUUGUGCGAUUUAUAUUUAACUUAAUUGUACCUAAAAUAUAUCAGCGAUUUACGAAUUGAUCCUUU